AUGGCACCUGUCAAGAAGCUCGCCGUUCUCACGGCUGCAGCUGCCUGUCUUCCUUAUGCUAUUGGAGCAGUCAUUGCUCCUCCCCCUUCUGCUCUUUCCAAUUCGCAAUCAUCUUUGACCUUGCUUUACCAAAACAACCUCAACUUCACCGACGAUGUCAACCAUAUCAGUGCUAUUCUGCUGGACCCAUCGACUGCUGCUAAUGCAGCCACCGGAUGCGCAGCCCUGAACGAGACACUGAUCUCGCAAUCUGCCCUACAAGCACACUCUCAGGACUUUGUCAACCAACUCUCGUAUAUCAUCUACGCUGGUCGCGCCACACAAGACCAAAAGUGGCACAUUGCAAGCGGACAGACUGUAGAGGUCCACAACAAUGCCUUGAAGUUCGCCAAAGCUGGUCCAGGCAAUGUUCUGCCAGUGCUUUGCACGCAAUCUAGCCAGAGCAACAUGCCAAGCAACGCUGUAGCCUCUGCUUCCAACGAGAUCAAGGUUGCUUCCUCUGGCAACACCUACGUAGGCUUCAGGAACAAGAAGUCCUGGCGUUUCCAGGGCAUUCCGUUCGCAAACCAACCCGAACGUUUCGCCUACUCGACUUUGUACUCCAAGACUGGACAAACAAUUGACGCCACAAAGUACGGCCCUGACUGCGCGCAACCUUAUGAGAGCUCUAGCAGCGAGGACUGUCUCUUCCUCAACAUUCAGACUCCCUAUAUCCCUAAGGCUGGGUCCACGAAGAACCUUCGACCAGUACACUUCUGGAUUUAUGGUGGUGGUUUCACUGGCGGUUCAGGUGCUAGUGCAGGAAGUGACGGUGGUCAGCUGGCCUCGAGAGAAGACAUUGUCGUUGUUGAAAUAAACUACCGCUUGACUACCCUGGGUUUCCUCGCCAUCCCAGGAACAAACAUCACCGGCAACUACGGUAUCUCUGACCAAGUCACUGGACUUGACUGGGUUCUCAAGAACAUCGCAAGCUUCGGAGGUGACCCCCACAAGAUCGUGAUCAAUGGCGAGUCUGCAGGUGCUGGUUCAGUACGUACGCUUCUCGGAUCUCCAAAGGCCAUCGGCAAGUUCAGAGGUUCUAUUGCCAUGUCGAACCUGGGAGGUGGUGUCGAUCUGGGCUUGACUGGAGAUUAUGCCACAACCUACAGCUCUUUCUUGACUCCUGCCGAAUCGUACGCUCGCAGCGAAGCGCUGUUCGGCGAAAUUGGCUGCAACCAGACAACUCUUGACGCUCGUAUCUCGUGCUUGAGAGCUGCACCUGCGCAGACUAUUGUUAACGCUGCCACGGUCGCCAGAUAUGUGGUCCAGGAUGGAACCUACGUCGACACUGAAACCCUUGAUGUCUACAACCGCAAUGGCAGCGCUGCAAACGUCAACACAAUCUGGGGAACCACCGCCAAUGAUGGUGCAUCCUUCUCGACUUACCCCACGACCCCAGUGACGAGUGAACUGGCAGGUAUCAUGGCGGCCUUGGGCAUCUCUCAGGCAUAUGCUCAGUCUAUCAUUGACUCUGGACUUUUCCCUUACUACGAUACUGGUAACGUGACAUUGGAUUCGUUCAAUGUAUCGCAGAGAGUAGCCACUGACAACCAGUUCCGUUGUAUCGACGAAGCCACCGUGUAUGCAGGUGUAGAAUCCGGCGCUUUCAAGACUUCAUACUUCUACCAGAUGCAGAGGACGUCAGGUGGGUAUGACCCAAAUAAUCUUGGAGGUCCUCCAGUGGAACCUGGUUAUCCUUACGGAAAUCCCGAGAAGCCAUACUUCAAGCUUCAUGGUUCCGACAUGCCUUGGGUUUUCGGUAAUUUGAACCCUCUGCGUGAUGCCAAUGACCUCAAGUCGGUCCAGUUGGAGAGUGGUUACUUUGCCGCGUUUGUCCGUUCGCUAGACCCCAACCCGCCAGCCAGCUAUCUCCAGGUCCGUGGCUACACCAAUACUACCCAGGGAGUCAAGGAGAGCGGCCCAUGGCAGCCUGUUGCCAAUGCCAGGGGUCCCAUGAAGUUGCUGGAUUUCCCUUCAUUGACUGCCGACUUCCAAGAUCUGCCUCAGUGCGCCUUCCUCAACUAUUCCAUCAGCUACUACGUUGAUGGUGGUAUGUAA